CAAUUUAUCCACUUUGACAGUCUUAACGAUAACAUCAUCAAAUUUGUUAUUAUAAAUUUAAGGAUUUUGUAGGUUAUUUAAUGUGGCGUGACGCCAACAUUUAUUAAUAAGAUAAUCCAAGAAAUAGGACUUUAUCGCGAUAUCCAGCAACAGAAUAGCAUAUUUUGGCAGUUUUAAUUGGUUAUUGCUACACCUCUGCAAGCUACUUCAAGCUUCAUUAAACUUUGGCACCAUAAAUACAGAAGAGAAACAGAGAAAACUCAACCAGAAGGGGGCUAAAGUCGUGAAGAAACUACAAGUACAAGAUUCGUGCCAAGAUGAAGAUUAUUUUUGUGGUGAUGAUUGCGGUUAUUGCAACGGUAUCCGCUUUUAAUACUUAUCCAGAACGCAGAGAAGCUGAAUCUCCAACAUACGAGGAAGGCUAUAGAAGAGGAUACGCUGAUGCAGAAAUAAACAAUCGAGUUGCAGACCCCCGUCGUCGUUUCUUCGGCACUGUUACCAAAGACUGCAGCUCAAGUGUAAAGAACUGCAAUGGAUGCCGAGGCUAUUUGUCAAGUUGUUGUUCGGAUAAGAAUUGCAGCGGUGGUAGGAGAUGCAAAAGAGGACUUUGGAGUUACUCGUGCGAUAAUUAAUAUGUAUUGCUAGUGUAAUGUGUAUUGGUUUAAUAUACAUAUUCGUACAAAAGUAUUUUUUAGAAUACAAAUCCUUCUCUAUUGCUACACGUUAAUGACAAAAUAUACGAGUUAUAUUUAA